GCUCGGUUCGGCUCGGCUCGGCUCGGUCCGGCUCGGUCGCCCCUCCGGCCUUGCCCCUUCCACUCCCCCCCUCCCCCGCUUCUCGUCCCCGUUCGUCCGUCCGUCCGUCGGCCGGGAGCCAUGAGCGGCGUGGAAGAUGAAAUCAUCCGCAUCGCCAAGAAGAUGGAUAAGAUGGUGCAGAAGAAGAACGCGGCUGGGGCUCUGGAUUUGCUAAAGGAACUUAAAAACAUUCCCAUGACCUUGGAAUUACUGCAGUCAACAAGAAUUGGGAUGUCAGUAAAUGCUAUACGUAAGCAGAGCACGGAUGAGGAAGUGACAUCUUUAGCAAAGUCUCUCAUCAAAUCUUGGAAGAAGUUGCUAGAUGGCCCAUCAACUGAAAAAGAAUCUGAAGAAAAGAAAAAAGAACCUUCCGUCUCAUCUCAAAACAGUCCUGAAGCAAGAGAGGAAAGUAGUUCCAGUAGCCACACAAGCAACAGAAAAGAUGAGGCAAAUGCUUCUUCUGAUUCCUUCAUUCCAUCUUUUCCUCGCGCACCAAGUACUUCAGAUUCUGUCCGAGUGAAGUGCAGAGAGAUGCUUGCUGCAGCUCUCAAAACGGGAGAUGACUACAUUGCUAUUGGUGCUGAUGAUGAAGAGCUGGGUUCUCAGAUUGAAGAAGCUAUAUAUCAAGAGUUAAGGAACACGGACAUGAAAUACAAGAAUAGAGUGCGGAGUAGGAUAGCGAAUCUCAAAGAUGCUAAGAAUCCUAAUUUAAGAAAAAAUGUUUUGUGUGGAAACAUACCCCCUGAUUUAUUUGCCAGAAUGACAGCAGAGGAAAUGGCUAGCGAUGAGCUGAAAGAGAUGCGUAAAAAUCUGACCAAAGAAGCGAUCAGAGAACAUCAAAUGGCCAAGACAGGAGGCACCCAGACUGAUCUAUUUACAUGUGGCAAGUGUAAAAAGAAGAACUGCACCUAUACCCAGGUUCAGACUCGCAGUGCUGAUGAGCCUAUGACAACAUUUGUCGUGUGUAAUGAAUGUGGAAACAGAUGGAAGUUCUGUUAGAAGAAGGAAUUGUCGAGACACCUGGACCAGUAUGAAAGAGCAUUUUGUAAUUAGCUUUAAAAACUAGGCUAAGCCUCUAGCUUUCUUGCAAGCGAGAUUUUUAAAACAGCAUACCUUUUUGGGGUUUGUCUUUGUUUUUGACACAACCAUCCUUUCCUUUAAACGCCUUCCCAUAGCUACUAGUCAGUAGGAGGACCGGGACCCACAGUCAUAUGGUGUUUGUUUAAAGAUUUUUUUUUCAUUUUUAUAAGUAAGUUGACAUUAAAUUUUUAUCAAUUAAACUUUGGUAACUUGUUUUGUUUUUUUCUUAACGAACAUAACGUGACAUUUAACUUUUUUACAAUCCAAAACAUGCACACCAGAAAUUUUUACUUCUCCCCCUCUGCUAAAUAGCAUUAAAAAUGUGCAUUUGUUUCCCAAACUGGCAUAUUCCUGGCCUGUAAUUCAGAGGGAAGGAAGGCUAGUGUGAUUUUAAUUGAGCCAGAUGUGUUGUGAUGUUGAAAUAUCAGUUUGUCAACUUGUUUGUUUUGUACAUACUGUUUAUAAACUAGCACUUGACUUUGAUCAUUACUAUUGCUGAUGAAUUUAGUUUGGUGGGAUGUUAUCUUGCUAAUGUAAUCAAUAGUGAUCAGUGCAGUUUAUUGUACAAUGACAUUUGCUGUACUUCUCUAAGUCUCUCUCUUACUUGCGCUUAAUAGAUUUUUACUCCUGGAAAAAUUACUUAAAACAGUUUGUUUAAAAAAAAAAAGUUUUUGUUUCUUAUUUACCUGUUCAAUGCCAGAAUUUAUUUUCGGUGUGUGGGUGAACAAAAUCAUUGUUUUGGUACUUUAUUUCAUCUAUCCAGACCAGCUCUUCACAAGAAGAUACCUGGAGUGAGGCAGAAAAUGUCAACUUUCAUCAAUUACUAUAAAUGAUAGUAGUUAUUGUAAACUGUUCAUGAAUUUUUAUUUUGUUGUGUAGAAGAAUGGUGACCAAUGAUCAAACUCGAGGCCAGUAUAAAUCAUUAAAGUGGUGGUCUUUCUCUUGAUAGAAA